AGUAGUUGCGUCUAAGAGUAUGAUUAAAAAACAACGACCCUGACAGAAACAAAAAGCGCUUGGAAGGCGCUAAUAAAAACACCACAAGGAAUCAAAAUCUUUUUUAUUCAAUUUCAAAAUGUGCUAAGAUACUCAACCCUGAAGUCUCUAGUUAAGAUGGAAGUAGAUUUGACCAUCAAGGCCGUGUGGUGCCCUUGAUGGAAAAACCUUGCUGUUGCUUCUCGAUCAUUUACCACUGUGUACUCCAAGAGUGUUCGUGUUUGGAAUCAAUAAUGGCAAUCGAUUUGGAUAUUCCUAAGCGAUAUGUUCUCUCUGGCUUGAUAUUCAUCGGAUUUUUUAUAAUGUCUGCGCUGCGCGUAAAUCUUAACGUUGCGAUUGGUGCGAUGGUGAAUAAUCAUACAAUCAAUACGAACGGAACGGAUAUUGUUGAGGAUCCAGAGUUUGAUUGGGACUCCGCUAUGCAAGGCAUCAUCCUUGGCUCGUUCUACUACGGAUACAUGGUUUUCCAGAUCCCAGGAGGCUGGCUGGCCAUGAAGCUCGGAGGCGCCAAGCUCUUUGGCUUUGGCAUAUUUAGCGCCUCAUUCCUGACUCUCUUUACACCACUCGCGGCUCGCUGUAGCCCCAUCGCACUCAUCAUACUGCGCGUACUGGAAGGACUCGCUCUGGGGUGCCUGUUCCCGUGUAAUCACUGUAUCUGGGGACACUGGGCGCCGUCAGAAGAGAGGACAACACUUGUCACGGUGUCAGUCGCAGGUACAAGUGUGGGCUACCUUUUCACCAUGCCCAUUACCGGACUGCUCACCAAAUAUGGGUUUGAUGGCGGCUGGGGAUCGGUGUUCUACUGUUUCGGUGUGUUUGGCCUGUUCUGGUACAUUGCCUGGCUAUUAUUGGUCUACGAGACGCCAGCAGAACACCCGGGCCUUUCCACGGAGGAGAGGGAAAUUCUUAGUCAUCAUGAUAAAGAUUUGGAGACUAUUGGGAGUGUUUCCGUGCCUUGGAUAAAUAUCCUGACGUCACUUCCGGUUUGGGCAAUAGUCGCAGCUAAUUUCGCGCUGGACUGGGCAUUCUACAUUUUGCUUAUCUCAAUCCCCAAAUAUCUUGUCGAGGUUCAACAAACAGAGAUCCAUACGAUGGGUUUCUUGGCAGCAGCUCCCUUUUUAGUCAAAGGGGUGUUCACGCCUGUUUCUGGCCUCACGGCAGAUCUGAUGCGAAAGAAAAUGCAAACGAAAACCGUCAGACGGGUUUUUUACGCUGUUGGUACCCUGCUGACUGGUGUCCUGAUAGUGGCGGCGGGGUACGCACAUGUGGUGGCUGUCGUUGUGUUUGUGGCUCUCGCCGGGGCAUCCACGUCCAUCUCAUACGCCGGGUACACAGUCAACAUGUUGGAUAUUGCCCCUCGAUGUGCCGGCGUCAUCAUGGGGAUUUGUAAUACAGUGGGGACAACCGCUGGAUUCAUUAGCCCCAUGCUUGUGGGCUUUUUAACGCAACACAAGAGUGCAGCCGAGUGGCGGAUAGUCUUUUGGGUCGGCGGUAUCAUAAUGUUUGUUGGCACCGGCCUCUUUUGCCUCCUGCUCGAGGCAGACCGGCAGGAUUGGGACAAGAAAAUGGACGGGAGUACCAACGACGAAAAUCAGGGGCAAGACAAGCCCGCAAAGGAAGAAGUUCUCACCCCACCAAGCAGAAAAUAAACUUGGAGGCCUUUUUAAACAAAGCGUAUUAUAAAGUUAGUUUUACACGAAGAAAAUAAUAUGUUGAAUUCUUUAAGGCCCAUCUACACUAGCAACUUUUGUAGGGACUCGAGUUGCGAUUUUUGCGGCGGCUAUAUUCAAUUUUUAUCCUCAUUCUGCUCACCCAACCCAGCAGAAAAUAAACUUGGAGGCUUUUUUUGAACAAAGCGUAUUAUAAAGUUAGUUUUACAUGAGAAAAAAGGUCCGUUUACACUAGCAACUUUUAUAGCACCACACGAGUUGCAAUUUUUGCGGCGCUUUUAUCGCACUCUGACUCACUCGUGUAAACAGAGUCAUCACUCGUGUAAACAGAGUCGUCACUCGUGUAAACAGACUGAAUCAAUCGUGUAAACAGGCUGAAUCAAUCGUGUAAACAGACUGCGAAUUCGCGGCGUUUUUACGGCGACAGCUUGCAAAUUAGAUAACACCUAACAGAUACUAAAAGUGUCCGAUGUUUUUUAGCAGAACAGCUAAAGAAUAUAUUGCAAGAACUAUUGUGCUCUAUGUAGUUAUUUAUAGCAAUAUCCUUUGUUGUACGACCUCCAAGAAUCCAAAAUUCCUUUCCUCUAUUCCCUCUAUUCCAUUCCUUCCUUCGACUUGAAGUUAUUAUUUCUUUCGUAAGUGAAAAUUUUCGGGUAAGACAGAAUACCCUGGUUUUGCGAGGAUAAACGAUCUCCUAAAUUAUUAGUGAAAAAAGUGCCACAAGCCACCCGGUAAUUCCAGGAGAUUUUCUGAUAUGGUUAUUACAUGGGGUUUUAAUUUUACUUCCAUACUGUAGUUUCGAAAGGGCGGAACUGCAUUUUAUCAUUCAGAUCAUUACUGUAACAAAUUCACUCUCAUAGGAAUCCAAUUAAAAAAAUCGUUACCGUUAUCAAAUGGUCUAAGAAAAAGGUCAUUAAUUAUCCGUGAAAAAUUUACUUUAAUUUUUUUAACCGAGAGAUGGCCUGAAUGUCGCUGUUAUCAGCGGGCUUCCGUUCAGCAAACGGAAGUCAUGAAAGUUUAGGUAAGAGAACCAUCAUAUUUAUUAAUUUAAUUUUUAGGGGGUCUGGGGAGAAAAUCUUGAAAUUCCAGACUAUUAGGAGGCUCGGAGAUUGAUCAGAAUACCUCUUCAAAAAAUAAGGCCCUUCGCGAAACAACCCUGUUUAAAAAUUGGGGACCUCCUUCAAAUCGGCGCUCAAAACAUUGCAAAAAAAAAAAAAAACAUCCCCCAAAUGGCAGCCCUCCCCUCAUGACCCUUCCCUUAUUUGAUCGUGAAAGCCAUUUUGCAAAUAAAAUACCGCAUUUUUGGUUGCUAAGCUUCAGGAUUUAUUGUAAGACGCACAUAAAGAUUCUAAAAUUUGCAAGACGCUUUCGCGUUCGAAAAAUAUGGGCUACCUGUGGUUGAAGAUAAACGAAUGGGCUGCGGGUCAGCGGGUAGCACACGAAAGUGAGGCUAUGGUCGACAACAAGAGAAGUGGACACGCAAAAACAGUGUGAAAGUCUUGUGUUUUAUAGAAAAAUCCCCAAAA